AUGAACACCAUAUCGGUGGAAACGUUACAGUUGGUCGCUGGUAUGUGUGUGUUUUGCGGAACGACCAAAAGCGCCAAGCUCAGCGUGUUGUUUAAGCUCUUUGCUUCGCAUGGAGACGGCCACGUUUCUCGGCGGCGUCUAUUUGAGAUGCUGAAAUCUAUCCUGGUAGUGUUGUUCGCUUUCUCAAGCUACAACGCUACGAGAGGCAACUCCAACGACACGAGUUCAGUCAGUUCCUGGAGUACAAACUCAAUCGCAGAGCGUGCCGCGGGUGCUGUUGUCUCCAAGCUGUUUUGUGAGGCCACCUGCAAACGCCCCGAUGCGAUCAGCCUGGCGGAGUUUGCUGCGUGGUAUGCGGCUGGGGGCUAUAUGGAUUGCCCGUGGCUGGAGCUGCUUGAUUUGUCGAAGUGGCCAGCCAAGGAGGCCUUUGAGGCUAGCAAGCGUGAGAAGCCGCUGAUCUACGCGUUCGACAUGCUUGAAGAAGGCAGUAUCUUACACUUUACUGAGAGCGACAUAUCGACGUAUCUAUUCAUGCUGCGCUCGACGAAGCUGGGCGAGCUGGGUGUAAGCAAAGUGUAUGAUGCGCUGCUUGCGUAUGCAACUCCAUCGGCGGAGGAGGCGCUCAAGAUGUCAAAGGCAGUUGGUACUCAGAGCCGCCGAGGUCAGAUGUACUCGUAUGCAGCUGUGGAAGAAGACGAAGGAGCGUACUUGGUCCUUACACGCCCCAACUUCUACGAGUGCGUUCGCAGUCUGGUAUCAAAAGACGGAAUGUCGGAGAAAGCGCAGCAGACUUCGUCCAAGUUGCUCUCACGACUCUUUAAUGUAUUCGACCGGAAGCGUUGCGGCCGCGUGAAUGCCUUGGAACUAGCUUGUGGCCUGAGCAUUUUGGGCAGAGGUUCCAAAAGCCAGAAGCUAUCGUUGGCGUUCGACUUCAUCACCAAGAUGCGGCAGCAACGGCACAAAACACUAGCAAGCUACGCACCUCCUCCUCCAAGUACUGCUGCUGGUUUUGGCGGCUUUGGGGGGCUUGGAGGACAAGGAACGGCAACGGGUGGUUUUGGCUUUGGAAUUGGGGGCAUUCCAAGCAACCAGUUCUCGAUGAGUGGGGCUGGUGGGUUUGGAUUCCCUAGCACUCGCGGAUUGGGAUCAACUGCGCAGGGUAUGCGUGGCGGAAUGAGUCGCCAGCCUCCACCGCUCUCGGUUGCCGAAGUGAAUGCUCUUCCGCACUCAGUACUUUUCAUCUAUCUGCGGUCGUUCUUACUGGCGCUUAUGGCGCUCAGCGACGGCACGUACCGCCUCGGUCUAGAGAAGAUUUACGUGGAGGCCGACGACUUCAUCGAGGAGGCUAUGGGCGACCUCAUGACGGACGUGACGGCUAACGGGGGUGCCAACGCAUCUGCAGCCACCGCGCUUUCUGGGUACGGCAGUGCUCGCUCGCGCGCCCGCGUGACAUUUGAACAGUUUGGAGAAUGGUACAAUACUGGCGGCUACCAGCUUAUCUCAUGGGUGGAGCUCCUUGACGUGAGCAAGUGGCAACAGCAGCAAGACUUCCAAGAACAGUCCAUGUCAACAGCGGGUCCCGCUUCAACUCACCAGAGCAAGCGUAUGGCGCCCGUUAUGGGCUCGCAGAGUCGCGGUCCCAUGUCUACCGCAGCUCCGAUGCCAGUGGAGCCCAUGCAGCCUAUUCAACGAUCAACAAAGCCCGUUACUCGUCGGCGGCAGGUGCGGCAGAGCGACAUUGUAUCAACGCCGUUUGUCCGUGGCUUGCCUGGCGAUCGCUCGGACUCGAAGCCUGAUCCUCGCGAGUCAGCGGGGGCAAUCAGUUUGAGCUCCGACGGUCCCGUCAUGGUGUUCGCUGUUGCCAAGGAGGCCGCCGAGCUGCAGUUCUUCAACGAAGAUAUCUCGACCCUCAAGCUAUUCUUGCGGCAGACGCAACUCCAUACUGUCACGUCAUGGGAGUUGCAAGGAGCUCUUCUGGAGGCACUGGAUUUCCCGACCGCCAACAGCAACGGCAUCAUGCUGACGAGGCGAAACAUGCUCAUCCGUGGGCUGCAGCAAGUGUGCGGAACUUUGCCUCUCAUCGCACCGUCAAGUGGAUCUAGCGGCCAGACGGGAUUCCUAAGCGAAGAGGGCACCGAUAUGCUGCAUCGUUUGCUUGGAGUAUUCGUGCAUGAGCCCGCUUCUGACGACGAAGGCGAGCAGCUAGCAACUGAUGGCGACGAUGAUGAUGAAUCUGAAGACCCCAUCGACAUCGGGGCAGCGAUCUGCGGCUUGCUGGUGGUAUGUGAGGGCUCGAUGCUGGAGAAGCUCAAGUGCUGCGCUGCACUGAUCUCCGAUGAUGACAGAGAGAGCACGCUCAAGGGCGAGGGCGAAGGAGAGAGGGAGAGCGACGUCCCGAUGAUCAAGCUGGAGACAAUCAAGUCGAGCCUCAUGUGCUUUCUGAUGGCGUUCUACGGUAUGAGCAGCUCGUUGAGCGCCGAGGUGGCGCGAUACUCCGCCGAGCUGGGCGCCGACGCCGUCCUGCAGUCGUUCCUUGAUUCGACGAUGGAAGGCGAAGACGUUACCGCUGACGAUAUGGACCUCGAGAAGCAGGUCUCGCUGCGCGAGUUCAGCGACUGGUUCGGCGAGGCCGGCUACCCGACUCACCCGUGGCUCGAGCUGGCCGAGCUCAACCACUGGCCUGCCGCCAUCAAUGUGUGCGGCAGCAAUGGGAUCACCGACUCGGGCGACGAGCGAGACUAA